AUGAGUCGAUAUCUAGCAUUAUUUCGUUUUUGUCGUCGCUCAAGAUUUUCUUGCAUUUGUAAAUAUUUCUUAGCGUUUACGUUUCUUCUAUGUACAUUUAUUUAUUGUGUACUUAAAAUUAAAUUAUCAAUUGAUUAUCAUUAUGCUCAAGUAUUCUAUCAAAGUCAGCGAAGUCAAAUCUGUCAGAACAGUAUCAAUUCAACUCGGGAAAAGCCAAAAUUAAUUCUUUUUUGGACAAAAAUAUUCACUAAUCCUAUUGAUGCAAAUUACAUAAAUAACUAUUUAUUUGCAUCGCCAGGACGUUGCGAUAUAAAUCGAUGUAAAGUAACUAAUAAUCGACAAGAAUUAUGUGCAAGUGAUGCUGUUGUAUUUCAUGCACGAGGUGGCAUUAAAAUGAAUGAUAUGCCACAAGAACGUUCGCUUCAUCAAAGAUAUAUUUUAUUAACAAAGGAACCACCGUAUAAAACAACUGCCAUUGUUGGUCAUUUGAAUUAUUUUUUCAAUUGGACAGCUACAUAUCGAACGGAUUCGGAUAUUGCUUAUCGAUAUUUUCGUUGGCGUCGAAAAGAUGAAGUUGUCACAGAAGCAAGUCCACAAUCGUAUUUAAAUAAUCGCCAAGUACGUGCAGCGUCUAUGAUUAGUAAUUGUUAUUCGCAAAACAAUCGUGAACAUUAUAUAAAACGCCUUAGUUCAGUUAUACCUGUAACACGUAUUGGACAUUGUUCAUGGAAUAAAUGCCAUAAAUCGUACUAUGAAUGCCUAAAUGAAUUGGCUGAUACACAUCCAUUUUUUCUAGCUUUUGAAAAUUCUUUAUGUCGUGAUUAUGUGACAGAAAAAUAUGCUAAUGUUAUAAAAAAUCGUCGUAUGAUACCGAUUGUGUUUUCGAAAGAUUUCGAUCUUUAUAUUCCGAAUUCAUUUAUUGAUGCAAAUCAAUUUUCAUCACCUGAAAAUUUAGGUCGAUUUCUUAUUGAACUUGUGAAAAAUUCGACACUCUAUGAUAGUUAUUUUAAAUGGACCAAUAAGUAUGAACUUGUCGUACCAGAUGAAAAUGAUUAUUUGUGUGAAUUAUGCAAGAAAUUAAAUGAUCCUAAAGAACCUAAUAAAGUAUAUGAUAGCAUGAAAAAAUGGCUUUACGAUGAUGCCACAUGUCAACGAUGGAUAUCGAAAUUAAACAGAACAAUCAAUGUAUCUGUUGAUGAAACAAUGGAUUAUGAGGAUUCGUUAUUUUGA